UCACGGCGAGCGUCGCAGCCACCGGCGGGGGGGUCGGGGGUCCGGACACAGAGCCCCGCGGAGAUCAGGGGGAAGCCCACUGUCUACAUAUUCACCUGCGGGAAGCUGAUCCUGAACAUGUGGAGGAGAAAUCCGGCCACCAGCUUGGCUCGUAUGGUCAUCGUCCUGUCUGCCGCGUCGCUGGCGUUUGCUAAUACGGUGGGAGUCAGACUGAAGUCCGAGAGAAAUGUCCUGUCAUCUAAAGAGACUGCUCUUGACAUGGCGCUGUCUUCCUAUGAUGACCAGUACAAUGGAUGCAGUGAUAUCAUGGAGGCUGAGAUCCAUCAGCUGCGUCAGACAGAGUAUUCUUUAAACAAGAAGUUCGCCAAGGGCUGGGAUAAAGCUAACCAGACUUGGAAUGAAAGAAAGAAGUCUGUAAAGGUCCCCCGGGGGUUCAAAGAUGAGUACGCCAUUGCGUUAUUGGCUUAUACCAUGAAUGAUCUUUACAAGACCUUCAACGAAGCUGUGAGGACGGCUGGCCAAUCGAGACAAAAUUACCUGAACAACUUCAACUUUAAGGUUCUUCACUACUAUCUAACAAAAGCCCUCCAGGUGUUGGACUCCUUUGAGACCCACAAAUGCCACAAAGUGUUCAGAGGAACCCGGGGGGUUUGGUUCAAAACCGAGGUACGGAAACCGAUCCGUUUCGGCCAGUUCACGUCUUCUUCAGUUAAGAAGUAUGCCACUUCAGUGUUCGGAAAUGACACUUUCUUCAACAUCCGAACCUGCUACGGUGUCAACAUCCAAAAGUUCUCAAUAUACCCAGGGGAGGGAGAGGUGCUGAUCCCACCGUUUGAAAAAUUCAAUGUGACCCAAUUUACAGAGGAAAACGGGAAAAACUCCAUAGAUUUAGAGUCUUUGGGGAAGUUCAGUGUCUACAACUGCGAGUUUGUGAAAGAAAAAAGGUGCAAUUCCAGCGACUGCCCCUUUAAUUCCGCCACCGGCCUCCAGAUGAAGAUCUGCUCCCCGGCGAUGGUUUUAGCCGCCCUGCUUGUGGUCACGAUGCUGUAACUGAUCCCGUGAGAUUGUUGUUCUCAGGAUUCAGGAGCCAUAUGCCUGUCCCAUGUAUGUUUAAUACCCUCACUGUAUUACCCUCUACCACUUCUGUUGAGAGGCUGUCCCACGUAUCUACCACCCUCUCAGUAAAGUUUCUCUUUUUGGCGCAUACAUUUUCAGAUUCCAAAUUCUGUUUCC